AUGGGUAAAACAACCUUAUACAAAUACUUGAAGAGGUUUGUUAGAAACAUAGUUGCACUUUAUAAGAGUACUUACUUACGAAAGCCUAUACAAGAUGAUAUUGAUCGGUUAUUGGCGGAGAAUGAAGCAAGGGGUUUUCCGGGGAUGCUUGGGAGUGUAGAUUGCAUGCAUUGGACUUGGAAGAAUUAUCCUUCGUGUUGGGCGGGACAUUACGCAUCUUAUAAAGGUAUACCGACAAUUAUGUUAGAGGGGGUUGCUUCGUAUGAUUUAUGGUUUUGGCAUGCGUAUUUUGGGCCGCCCGGUUCAAACAAUGAUCUUAAUGUGCUAAAUUCUUCUCCGUUGUUCGAUGAUAUAUUUAACGUAACUGCCCCAGAAGUUCAUUUUCGAGUAGAUGGAGUAAGAUAUGACAUAGGAUAUUACCUGGCGGAUGUAAUCUACCGAAAAUUAUCAACUAUUUUCAAGCUUAUAAACAACCAACCUCCAAGGCACAAAGAUGUUUUACUAAGAUGCAAGAAGCGGCUCGAAAAGAUGUUGAGCGUGCAUUUGGCGUUUUACAAGCAAAGUGGAAUAUAG